AAAAAACCAAAAUCACAUCACACACAAACACACACACGGUCUUCUUUUAUCCUUUCUCUCAUUCUUUCAUGUUCCAAACUAAAAUGGCAACUAACUCUCUCCAUUACUCCAUCCAACACCACCACCAUUCCCUCACCAAACGCCAUCACCCUUCAGACACCCCACCCCACACAUCACUUUUCCUCAAACACCCUACACCCCCUAUACACCCCAACAUCACUAUCUCCCACACUCCUUCAAACUCACACAUCACUUACUCCCUCUCUCAAACCACCUCUUCCUCCACCACCUCCCCAACCACCCCUUCCUUUGACCUCCUCCGCCACCACCUCUCCAACAAAAACUUCGAAUUGGCCGAUGAGGAGACGCGCCGUCUCCUUAUCGUCCUAGCUGGCGAAGCCGCGCAGAAGCGUGGCUACGUCUUUUUCUCGGAGGUGAAGUUCAUCUCUGAGGGUGGCCUGCGGGCCAUAGACUCCCUCUGGAGGGAGUACAGUGGCGGGAAAUUCGGGUACAGCGUGCAGAAGAAGCUACUGGAGAAGGCCAAUGGGGACUUCACCAAGUUCUUCAUCAAGGUUGGGUGGAUGAAGAAGCUUGACACUGAGAUGGAGCAAUACAACUACAGGUCCUUCCCCACUGAGUUCAUCUGGGAGCUCAAUGAUGACACCCCAGAGGGGCAUUUGCCUCUCACAAACGCUCUCAGAGGGACACAGUUGCUCAACAACGUUCUCAAACACCCAGCUUUUGAUGUAGUUGAUGACAAAGAAGAAAAAGAAAAAGAUGGUGAGAACAAGGAAAAUGGAGGAGCAAUCUCUGCCACAGGAUUAAAGGAUAAUGGUUCUUCUUCAAAGAGGAUCUUCAAAACGGACUAUAGCUUCUGAGUGCAUAGAGGAAUGGAUGUACUUUAAUUUGGAGGUUAAAUUUUACGUAUAAGAUAAACAUAUAGUAGUUAUUAGUAUUAAUUUAUUAUCAAACAGUGCAACUGUGCAAGUGGUUUCUUCAUUGUAUCUUCGGGGGAGCAAUGUGCUCUUAAACUUUCUUUGCCUUUAUAAUUAGGCUGACCGCAUUUUACAAAGUCUUGGUUGUUAACACGUGAGAUGUUAAUAGGACAAUAAUUUUUGCUAGUUA